GACUAAAAGCAAAUGGAACUGGAAUCUGGUUCUCCAGCCAUCUUGUAACCAAUAAGUUAUGUCGUUUAUCUCUGUCGUUGGCUAGAAAAGUUUAACAACAGUUGGAUCGUUUAAUUAGUGAUUUGUUAAAACGCUGUACGUCAUCAUGGAUGAUUUACAGAAUUACAAGCUUCAACUGCAACAGGUUGAAGCCGCACUAACCACAGACCCAAACAAUGAGGAAUUAUUGAAACUGAAAAUAGACUUAGAGGAAGUCAUAGAGUUGACUCAUGAUCUGGUACGAUCGCAGCAACAAGAAAAACGGCAGGCAAAUGGAAUGGAUGCGAAGGAUCCAAUCCUCCUAGCUGUUUUAGCAAACAAAUGGAAAGUCGGGGAUCAGUGUAUGGCUCCGUGGAGCGAAGAUGGCAAAUAUUACGAAGCGACAAUAGACACAAUCAGUGAAGAUGGUACAGUCAACGUUACUUUCAAUGAGUACAAAAAUACUGAUGUCACUAUGCUUGACCAACUUAAGUCUGUUGCUAAAAGGCCAGCUUCGGAUUGGGCAGAUCAAAAGUCAAAAAAGAUGCAAGCUGCAGCGGUCGCUGGCUCAGAUCCUAACAAGCAACGCGAGUAUUUGAAGAAGAAAAAGCAAAAGAAGCUUCAGAGGUUCAAGGAGCUCGAGGAGGAGCGUGAAUCAGAGAAAAACAAGUGGCUGGCCUUCACAACUAAGUCUAGUAAGAAGGGGGUUGUGAAGAAGAGUAUAUUUGCGACACCAGAAAAUGUCAAUGGUAGAGUAGGCAUUGGAACUUGUGGAGUUAGUGGUCGUGAAAUGACCAAGUUCAGCAAUGGAGAAAAAUGGCGCCGAGGUACAUAAGUCUGUACAUACGAAUCACUACGUGUAAGGAAAAGUUUAUACUUUUGAAGUAAUAUUAAAUGUAGUUAAGGCAAAUCUCGAUCAGAUGUAAACUGUUCUACAAAUGUCGUGUAAUAGAAGUGACUACAGCGUUUAAAAAUGCGGUUUAAUCUUUUUAUUUUGAAAAUUUUGAUGACAAAAUUAAUUUAAAAAGAGGUAACUUGGAAUAUCUCGUUUGUUUCUACGGUCUUUAAAAAUGUCUCUACUACUGAUUUUAAUCGUUCAGAUUUGCUAUUGGCCUCUGCUGUGAUGAGCAUGCGUACCAGCGAGACUUUUCGGAAAGUUUCAGGCUCAGAUAUCUGGGCUCUGCUAAUGUCAGAAUUUUUUUAUCCGUCGUUGUUACACCGAUCGUUUUUGUACAUAAAUUCUAAGUAGGCAAUAGUGAACGCUGCGAAAACCAUUUUAGUCUCGUACAAUGUUUUUUUGUUUCACUUUCCAUUCUCUUUGUAAGAUUGGAAAUUAAUAGAUAAAUGCAAACCGAUGCCUGAUUUCCAAUGUAAUCCUGCCAGUCUUUAGUUAUACCUGAAACUAAAUUUAUUUAAAUUAGACCAGGGUGACACUGUACGAUAAAAUUAACGUUUACCAUAAACACCGCGAAAAUAUUAACUGUCGAGCAUCCUGAAAACUUUUCGCGUCAUCUUUUUUACCAAUUGACAAUCAUUCUCUUCUCUUGCUGGACUCAAUUAUUACCAAUGCAUAAAUUAAUUCUUGUCACUUGCUAUUUCGGUUUUGCUGCAUGCGUAUUGUAAUGUUUCAUAGAAUCUGUAUGGACGAAACGAAUGAAUAAAAAAACUGAAUGCCUGCGAUAUAUAAUUUGAAUUAAUCUGUAUUGUAAGUGAUAAUUGCAUAUGAUAUGAAUAAAUGUAUAUUUGAAGCUAAA